CCUUGAUGGAAGGUUAUUUUAAUAUAUAAAUCUCAGUCAUCCGAACCUGUACUCAGUAGCAAAUCUGAUUUCACUAACAUAUCACCGCCAAAAUGUCUGAAAAGACCAAAUCCGCGUUCUUCGACUACACCGAAGCCUCAUCCGCUGCACCGCCACCAUUUAGCCAAGCCGUGUCUAACGCUGGGCCAUCAACUUUCCAGAGUCGCUUCGCAUCUAUCACGAGACAUGGACUUGAUCGCAUCAGGCUUGUCAACUUCUCCGAGGCCGAAAUAGCGGCUGUCCACGAGAUUGUAAGGACAUAUUGGGACCGCGGCAUUGACAAGGUCCAUCCGCAAGAGGCGUCGCGGGAGUUCAAGUUAGGAGGCUAUGCAUGGGGAUAUGACCCGAAUGGUAACGAGCAAGCGAUGAUGUUGACGCUUCGGAUACUGGAGGGUAUGCAUAGUUUGGGGUGGGUGAUUUAUUCGCCUAUUGAGGUGACGAAGAGAGUCUCGACGAAAGAUGCACUUAUCUUCCGCAAAGUGAAUCACAUCCCCCCUCCCUGCCAAUGGAUAAACGUGUCUUUCCACGGCGGAGACAAACUGAAAAUUCUCAACUUCCCGCCUUCAGAUCUUGUCAACGACAUCAUGGCGACUUUCGUGAUUGACAUACAACGACAUGAGGUUACACCAGACCGCGCCAAGAUCAAGUUUAAAGGAUACCCGUGGAGACCACUGGAAUCCGAUGGAGCUGAGACCCAACUGAAGUUGCUGGCGUUGCUUGAAAUCUUGGAGCGCCACGGUUUCACGUUAUACGCGAGGACGAGCGCGAGAUUCAGCGAUGAGACAAGUGAGUCGAAUGUCUUGGUGUUUCAGAGACGAAGGGACUGGGUGGCGGGGAAGUCUCUAUACGAUCAACUCUGAUCUCAUGCACGAACUGGCGAUUGUUCGUAUUUACUGCUGUUCGAGACUUGAUCUCACGAGAUGAUUCAUCAUGACGUGUAAUAAUCCUUCAUCAUUUCCUUUGUAGAACGAUAGAUUACUAUUUCCUCAUUCAACAUUACGUUGUAGUCGAUAUAUAUCAAGGUUGUAGGAAAAUUACACAAAGUCCUUGUUCCUCUUCACGGCCAAGAAUGUCAAACUCCACAACUGCCGAACAUUACUCUCCGUUCCGGAGCUCAGUC